GAGCAACUCCUCCCCUGUUUCGGUACCCACGCCGCCAGUUAACGGCUUAGUCGAACCUCUACCUUUUCCAAAUAAGAGACUAACGGACUUCGACAUUCUAAUGACGGACGUUAUGUAAAACGGUGUUCUCGACUGAAACACCGGUCGGCUACGAAACCAUCCCGUCCGGAAGCUCCAAACCCGUCUCCCAGUUCUUAGGCCAUUAAAACCCUCAACCCUCGAUUAAAAGCCGCACCCACAGAGACGAUUUCCUCGGUGGAUCCGGCGGCGAUUAGCUUCGAUCUUCGCGACUUCUGGACUUGUGAAGAGUCGUGAAGAGAUUGGGGACUCGGAGGAAAACAUCAUCGCAGUAGAGGUAUAGGAGAUCAAGUAUUCAAAGUGUUCUCCUUGGAUGAGGGACCUUCUGAUUUAGUACUUCGAUUUGAUGCCUGAUUUGCGCGUAGUUUCUCCGUUCUAGAUUUAGCGCUUGACAGGAGGAAUAUCGCGGGGAUUUUGGAAGAAAAUGAAUGCGUUCAAAAAAGAGAGAAAAUAAAAGCAAGAAAUAGAACAAUCAGUUGCAUCAGCCUGAUCACAAUCAACAGAAGAUUUUCUUGCAGUUAUUGAUCGAGUAAAGUCUGUUCCUGGGGAAUCUUGAUUUGAAUGGAGAUGAUUGUCAUGACAAUAGUUGUACUUAUUGUACUCGGAGCUCUUUUUAUCAUCCCAAGAUCAAAAAAUAAUGGUAAAACUAAAGGAACUCGUCCAAGUGUGACGUCAAAGACAUUGAAAACUUACACAAAGGAAGAGGUCUGUCUGCAUAAUAAGAGAGAUGAUUGUUGGAUCAUUAUCAAAGGAAAGGUCUAUGAUGUCACUCCAUAUGUGGAGGAACAUCCAGGUGGUGAUGCUAUGCUAAACAAUGCUGGAGGUGAUUCAACAGAGGGAUUUUACGGGCCACAACAUGCUACUCGUGUGUUUGACAUGGUUGAUGAGUUCUGUAUUGGGGACUUGAAGCCCUGAAGUUGAAGUAAUCGGAACUCUGAAAUUUUGCUUAGAAAUUCAACAAGCGCUGUAACAAAUGCCUUUGAAAGUAUUGCAGUCCUAGAGUUUCUAAUCUAGUUUAGCUAGCUGAUAGACAAUGCUAUGUUCUCUGUAGUACUACUAUGUGCUUUAUAGAAUUAUGGUGACCUGUGGGAAAGCAGUUCUUCAAUAUACCUAUUAUGCUGAUUUGAGCAACUUUGUCAUCA